AAGCAUAGCCUACGUAAGUUAUGCGUUGAGCCGUUGAAAGGAAAAGGAGAAAACAGCGGGAAAAGACGUUGAGUGGCUGGCAAGCCGUGAUCAAGUAUUUUUGUGUUUUAAAAAAUGUACAUCAAAUCUAUGGUAGUUGAUGGUUUCAAAUCCUAUGGCCAAAGAACUGAAAUCAAUGGAUUUGAUCCAAUGUUUAAUGCCAUUACAGGGCUAAAUGGUAGUGGUAAAUCUAACAUUCUGGAUGCUAUCUGUUUCCUUCUUGGCAUCACAAAUUUGAGCCAUGUAAGAGCAACAAAUUUGCAAGAAUUAGUAUACAAAAGUGGACAAGCAGGUGUCACGAAAGCCACUGUGACAGUCACCUUUGAUAACAAAGACAAAAAACAAAGUCCAAUUGGCUAUGAGCAUUAUGAUGAAGUUACAGUGACUAGACAGGUUGUCAUCGGUGGAAAAAACAAGUAUCUCAUAAAUGGAUCAAAUGUUCAAAACAACCGUGUCCAAGAUUUUUUCCGCUCUGUGCAGUUAAAUGUCAACAAUCCUCAUUUCCUUAUCAUGCAAGGAAGAAUUACUAAAGUUUUGAAUAUGAAACCCCCUGAAAUAUUGGCCAUGAUUGAGGAAGCUGCAGGGACCAGAAUGUACGAAGCGAAAAAGCAACAGGCUUUGAAAACAAUUGAGAAAAAGGAAGAAAAAAUCAAAGAAAUCAAUGACAUCCUUUCAGAAGAAGUUACGCCAACAUUGAACAAACUGAGAGAAGAACGAACUCAGUACCUGCAGUUUCAGAAGUCCGAACGUGAAUUAGAACACUUGAACCGCCAAUAUGUAGCUUAUAGAUUCCUCAGCCUUGAAAAAGCUAAUGCCCAAGUAAAGGAGGAAUACAAUGAGAUUUUAAAAGAAAAGACAAAUCAUUGUGCCACUGAAGAAAAACUCAAAAAUGAAAUUGAGGCACUGGAAAAAGAAAUUCAUACUCUUCAACAUCAGAGAGACCAAGUUGGUGGCAAAGAACUUACACAGCUUGAAGAAAAAUUGCGUGUUCAAGAAAAAGCCGAAUCGAAAGCCCAAUCAGCUGUUAAGGUGCUCAAGGAAAAUAUUAAAGCUGAAGAAAAGAGGAAAAAAGAGCUGAAGAAAAGUCUUGACGACGACACCGCUGCUUUAGAAGGCAAGGAGGUAGAAGAGAGUAAACUAGGCGAGACAUUUGAAAAAUUAAGGCAAACUGAACAACAGGAUAGUGAAGCUUUGACAGCUGCCCAAAAGCGCUUCCAAGAAAUCAGUUCUGGUUUGUUGGCCAGUGACAAUGGUGCUGCGGCCACUUUACCUGAAGAACUCAUGGCCACGCAAAAGAAUGUUGCUCAAGCCGAGUCGCAGUUGAAGCAUUCGGAAAUGACAACCCAACAUCUAAAAAAAGAGCUGAAAGUUAAAAUUAAUGAGAUGAAAAAGUCGGAGGUCGAUUAUAAAAAAGAUGCACAAAACUCUAAGCACCUCGAGAAUGAAGUUAAGAGACUGGAAGCCGAACUUGGGCAGGUUCACUAUGAUGAAGAGAAAGUAACUAAUUUAGAGCAGUUGCAAAGAAGCUUGAAACCGGAAAUGCAUUCGCUGCGAGAGAAAAUUGAAUCAUUCGAAGCUCGAUUUCCUCAAAUGGCCUUUCGGUACACCCCUCCUGAAAGGCAAUUCGACGCAUCUACUGUGAAAGGUGUGGUGUGCAGUUUAUUUGAAGUUCCAGAUAUGUCCUACGCUACUGCUCUAGAUAUUACUGCUGGAGGUCGGCUAUACAACAUAGUAGUCGACAGCGAAAACACGGCAAAAAAGCUUCUUGAGAGAGGCAAGCUCCAGUCACGUGUCACAUUUAUCCCUCUCAACAAAAUUGAAGGCAGAACCAUCGAUGAACGGACUACGGCAACUGCCAAAAGAAUCGUUGGUAAAGAAAACUGCCAUACCGCAAUAUCUUUGAUUGAGUUUGAGAACCACUUGACGCCGGCAAUGAAGUACAUUUUUGGCAGCUCCUUUGUUUGUAAGGGUCUAGACGAAGCUCGACAAGUUACGUUUCACGAUCAGAUAAUGCGUAAAACAGUAACUUUGGAGGGGGAUGUCGUUGAUCCUGGUGGUACUUUAACUGGUGGCAGUCGAGCUUCUGGCCAAUCUGCUAUUCUCAGAGUUAACGAAAUCAAGCAGUACCGCAACGAAUUUGAGGCAAAAGAUCGUCAACUAAAGGAAGCGGAACAAGAACUUCGAGUUAUGGAGCAGGCUUCAGCACAGUAUCGCACUCUGAAACAGCGUUACGAUGUGAAAAAGCACGAAUUUGAAUUGCUCCAGCAAAGGCUCCAGCAAACGCUUCACCACCGCCAAACUCAAGAAGUCGAAAAUAUGAAGUCGGAAUUGGAAUCAGCAGAGCAAAAGGCCCUCGAAUGCACCGACAUCAUUAAAGAAGGUAAAUCGCGCAUCAAGGAGUUGGAGAAUCAGUUAAAGAAUGCCGGUAAGAUUCGGGAAACUCAGUUAAAAGCAGCCCAAGCUGAAUUGGAUCGUUGCAAGAAGGCGGCAGCUGCUUCACAGUCUAAAUGGAAGGAACAUGCAAAUGAUGCUGACUCGCUUAAACUAGAGUUGGAGGAACUUCGAAAAUCUAUUGAAACUACUGACAUUCAAUUAAAAGAGACUGAGAUAACACUAGCCAAUUUACAUGAAGAAAUGAAAGUGUUGAAUGAAGCUCUGGCAGUUGAACAAGCUAAUGUACAGGAAGUCAGAAAACAAAUUGACGAAUUUAAGGCACGAAUUUCAGCUCAAAAUCAAGAAAUUUCCAAACGAAUUGCUGGUAAAGAACAGCGCGAAGCUCAGGUGAGUGAAGGUGAACUGCACUUGAAGAAAUUGGAACAUCGGCUUUCCAAAGCAAAAGAUGACGCAAAAGAUUCCGAAAAGCGUGUUGACGCCAUGCUCGAAAAACAUGCUUGGAUAAACGAAGAUCGACACCAUUUUGGAGUAGCCGGGUCUAAUUAUGAUUUUAACGUCAUUAAUGGAGCAGAAUUGGGACAGCGCGUUCAUAAAUUAGAGGAAUCCAUGAAAAAGCUUGGUCGCCAUGUCAACGUUCGUUCCAUGACUAUGUUGACACAAGCAGAGGCGCAGUAUAAUGACUUGAUGCGGAAGAAGAGGAUUGUAGAAGAGGAUAAGGCGAAAAUUGAAAACGCAAUCCUGAAGCUGGACGAAAAGAAGAAAGAAACUCUUCAAGUGGCUUGGGAACAAGUGACAAAAGAUUUUGGUUCUAUUUUCUCUACCCUGUUACCCGGAACCAAAGCAAAACUGCAGCCACCGGACGGUCAAACAGUGCUAGACGGUCUCGAAGUCAAAGUUGCUUUUGGCGGAGUAUGGAAAGAGAGUUUAUCGGAAUUGAGUGGCGGUCAGAGAUCCUUAGUGGCUUUGUCGUUGAUUUUGGCUAUGCUAUUAUUCAAACCAGCGCCUAUCUAUAUUCUUGAUGAAGUAGACGCAGCCUUGGAUUUGUCUCACACUCAGAACAUUGGGGUGAUGUUAAAGCAACAUUUUAAGCAGUCGCAAUUCAUCGUUGUAUCUCUGAAAGACGGUAUGUUUAACAAUGCUAAUGUUCUUUUUCGCACAAAAUUUGUUGAAGGUAUGUCUACGGUCAGUCGAUUGGCUCAGCAACAAUCGAACUCUCAUGCCCGCCCAGCGGAGGAAGAGGAAACUCGGCCUAAAAAACGAAAGUAGACGAUUAUGUAUCAGAAAGCAUUUGUAAAUCGUACUUCAUCUUUUCUGAAGCGUGAACCUAUUAAGUGUAAUGCGUUCGGUAAAUAAUAAUUCAGUCAGUUACUAAAAAUGAAUCAAUCAUUCGUAGUUUUCCUUUAUUUUGCGUAAAUUAAGUAAUUUUACUUGUAGGCCUAUUAGUAAUUCGCAUCUCCAUGUUCACUUUCCCAAGAAAAGCAAAGCGAUUGAAGUUUUUUCUUAUGUUGACAAACAUCAGCUUAACAAAAACGACACGACACAGUAAUACUUGUGUAUUACACAUACUUGUGUAAUACUGACGAUAAGUAUUCCACCAAGAAAGCUCACUUGUUAAUUUUUCGAUAAUUGCUUUUUUUUUAAAUGUACUAAAUGUAUUUCACGGAGAUGACGAAUAUUUGAUUAUUUGGUUUAUUUUUUUUUUUUUUUCCGUCCAUGACUCUAGUCGUCCGUGGUUGCUAAGGGCUGUCACUAGGUGGCUAAAUGUUUCAGUGUGUUUAGGGAUUGAACUAUUCAACUCUAGUGUGGGUUUCCAGAGGGAUGUAGGGGGGUGGGUCACCAAACUGUCAAAGUGCUGAGACGACUUACUAAGCAGUAUUUCUUUUGCUGUCGAGACGCUGUCCGAGAAGGUUGAAUAUUGUCCUUGCUGGGUACUUUCUUACAUGACAUUUUUCACCCCAGACAUGGUAAUUCCAUCUUUUAUUCUUUAAUUUUAUCAAAUGAUUUCUUGGUUAAAGUGAUGUUGGAGCUGCUAAUGGUGUUGAUGCAGUGUUCAUGGUGUGAGCAGUGGUUUUGCAGUCAUUUUUCAGUUGAGAUAUCUUGAAAUGGAGCUUGUGCAGACAUUCAGUCCAACAUCAUACUUCAAUGUGUUAUUUGCCCAUGUUGAUGUUUUUUUGUUGAGCUGUUGUGCAAAAUAGUCGGUGUUGCCUGGUGGCUGUUGGGCAUGUUUUAUCGGCUGCCUUUUGUCGAUGUGUCGUCGUCUCUUGCCACCUGUACACUCCUUAAGUUUAAUCGUUCGCUGCCGUUCCAUCGACUUGAUCCAUUGGUGAAACUGAGAUGAGGUUGCAGAAAUUGAAAUGAGGUUGCAGAAAUUGAAAACUGAUACAUUAUUAGAUUUAGACAAAUUAAAAAUGCAUGCAUGUUCUCCCUUUUCCCUAAGUAAACUGUUUCCGCCGUUGGUUAUUCGUCCGGUCGAACGGGAAAUAGCAAUGAAAUGAUCUGAUGUAAUUUUGGAGAAAGAUUAGUUUGACCACGAAGUAAUUCUGAAAUUCUCCUUUAUGAUUCGCGAUUAACUCUACCUCAUUUAUAUAACCAUCUUAACUCGUUGCUCUACAUAUGACCAUAAUACUGCUUACAAUAAAAUAUGAAAUCAAAUUCAA